AUGCCUGAUCUUGGGACACUACCAAACGAGCUUCUUCAUCUCAUUGCUGGCUCCGUGAUCGAGAAUUGGGUAGCCGAAACCCGUGACUACUCAAAGAUCGAUGAAGUGGCGCAUGAACGGGGUCAUGAAUUGGCAGAAUGGCAUCUCUCGAAACUUUCACGCACAAGUCGGCAUUUUCAUCAGAUCUUCAACCCAUACCUCUAUCAGUCGAACCGAGAUCAUCGAGCCUCCUAUGCCGUGGGCUGGGCAGUCCAACAUCGCUCCUUCGAAACGCUUGAGAAAUCCUUGUCCUACGGCUUGGAUAUCAACAGACAUAUUCAGUCCAGAAAUAUUACAAUGGAAAGGCGGGAUCUGGGGAAUCAGCCGCUUUCUUGGGUAUUCCGACCGAUCGAGCUGGCGGUCGCUCGGAGACAUCGUGAUAUUCUCAAAUGGCUUCUCGACCAUGGAGCCGAUCCAGACCCUGGCAGGAUUGAGGACGACCUUUACGGCAAUGAAGAUGCCCGUUCUCGUGGUAGCAACACCCUGGAUUCACCACUUCAUCAAGUAUUAGGCGGAACUCACGAUGAAGAAGCGGCCCUUAUGCUAAUCGAUCAUGGCGCAAGAGUCUACUUUGUUCGCCCGACAGACCUCGACAGUCGCGAGGUUGAUAUGUUUACCACUGCGUUGCACCUAGCUUCACUCCAUGGACUGUCUCGCGUUGUGAAGAGGCUGCUCCUGGACAGCACUAUUGAAAUCGAUUAUCGAGAUUAUCGUAGUUUGACAGCACUCCGUUACGCAGUCACAAGCUCGCACUCGAGGGUGGCCACGAUCAAUUCACUUUUACAGCAUGGAGCAAAUCCUACCUCAAAGGGUGUCCGGCCGUUCAAUCUCUCCACAAUGCUGGAGGCAGCAAUCCACAAAGGUAGCCUAGAGAAUGUGCUUGCCUUGAUGCAAGGCUUAGCAGAUUAUCUCCCUCCGAGAAAAGCUCCUCGAUCAUGGUCCUACUGCUAUCUAAGCAACCUCAUCGCGGCUUCAGCCAGUCGAAUGAAAGAUUUCGAGUUCCCACAUGGAGACGGUGAAACGGAAGAAAUCACUGCCAUCCUUACCAAGCUCGUCCACAUUGGCGUCGACUUUAAUAAUCCGCCGCCACCCUAUGAGAGAUCGGACGACGACGACGAUGAAGGCGAUGACAAGGAAGCCGACGAGGAAGCCGAUGAGGAAGCUAAUCGGGAAGUAUACGAGGGCCCAGCUGGUAAGUCGAUACCUAACACUACAUCCGGAUUUUGUUUGCCGCUCCUACCGCAUGUUACACUUGACUGCAUAUGGACCGGCGGCAAAAAAUCUAUCAAGCCGAAUCUAGAAACUUAUUCCUCACUACGAGCAAGUUAUGUUCGCAGUGUUUCAUGA